UGGGGCAGUUAAAGAGCUCGUGGACAAUAGCAGCCAGAAAGUCGAGUAAAAUACCUUAUGUGUUGUCUCAUUAAUUUACUUAAAUUUCAGAAUAGUUUUGCAUUCUUUAUUUUUCAGUUCAAGACAAUGCUGCAUCAGUUCCUUGUUGACUCAGACGCACUUGUGAGUUUAUAGUGUUAUACAAAUUUUAUAUAUAUAUUUACACAUACAUAUAUCUAUGCGCACAUGCACCGGUACAAAUGGAUUCGCACAUAUGACUCCUGAAAUAGACAAAAGUCAGUCUUUCCGCCUCCUUGCACAGCUUCCUCCAUGCACGUCUUUGCUAAGGCGCAGCCCUAAGUUGUAAAACGAGCCGGAUUGCUUCUGCUUGAACAAGGUGAAGGAAAUGGCAACGCUCUUCUAACUUGGCUCAAAGCGUGCCGGGCUUAUUGGAUAGGUUUCUUGGAGUUUUAUGACUGACCCUAGUGGAUAAGGUACUGAAAUCACAACAGAAAGGUUUCAGCUUUUUCGAACUGGCAUACGGAGGCAGGUACCUGCAGUCGGUGGUGCGUUUUAAGCAGACAUACUGAUAUUACCGGCAGUUACCCCUGGAUUUUGCAUUUGUUACAGAGUGCUACUACUGCCUGUCAAAAUUCCAUUGAUGGAAGAAGAAUAAACAUACGAGGAUAAUUAUUUAUUUAUAAGUGCUUUCAUAUGGUGAAUGUCUUCUGAUGAUGAUUUGUGAACAUACCAAACAUUGGCUGAAAAGAGGUUUGUUAAAAUCAGUAACUACGUGUGAUGAAGAAGAGAGCUCAAAUGAACUUUGUUUAAACAUCAUAAGAAAAUAUUAUUUAAAAGAACAGUGACACAUCACCUUUUAUUUUGUCUUCUAACUGGGUGUAAAAAUCAAAACGUGUGGAAAAAAUGUCACAUUUUUAACAUGUUAGAGGCUUCUAUCAUGUUUAUUGUGUCACUUCAUGACAAAACUGCAAGCAAUUGACAAAGGAGUAUUGUGGUGUCCUGAAUAAUUUGAUGACCGAAAAUUGUGGAAGUCUUAACUUUCAGACCUGCAGAAAAAGUCAAGGAAGAAGCUUUAUUUGACUAACGCUGACUUACAAGGAAUUCCAUGAUAAAGAAAAUUAAAAUCCUAACAGAACCGUGAUACAGACCUCCUGUAACAAUGUAUUACAAAGCUCCGAAAAUACUCAUCUGUAUAGUGGAAGGACUUCGGCUUUUGGGUUUGUUGGCUGGCUGAGUUGAAGAGGAGUGCUUCUUGGAUUCAGACUGGCAGACAUAUUUGAUCAUUGAAUCCUGCUGAGCAAUUACUUCAUAAAACAAUCAACUCAUGAGUUGAUUAACCAUCUUUUUAGUUGAUCUCUAAUAUCUGCAUCUAACUUGUAGAAGAAACCAAGAAUGCUGCAUCUUAUGGCAUUUCCAUUUUUUGUGAAUAAGUGUCUGUAAGUUCUGGAUGACAGCAGGGAAGAACAUCUUCAUCUAUGGAGCCAAAUGAGUAAAGAUUUCUUCCAGUUCAGAAAAGUCAUAUAUCUGGAAGUAUAAAUCAGAGUAAGUUAUGACUUCGUCUUCUUCUGGCAUCACCACACGGAGCAUGUCAGCUGCAACCGUUAAUGUCACAAGCAAUGAAUCGCAUUGUCAUCCGCAAAGAGAUGAGGUCAUAUCCCUUCUUAUUUCCAUGUACAGCAUCGUGUUCAUUCUUGGUCUCCUGUUUAACACUUUAACAGCCUAUUUGACUUGGAGGCAGAUUAGAAAAAAGAACAUACUUUCUGUGUACUUAUUCAGCUUAUCGCUGUGUGACCUACUUUACAUAUCGACACUCCCUAUUUGGAUUGUAUAUUUUUCUAAUAAACACAAAUGGUUCUACGGGACAUUUGCUUGUCAGAUAACAGGGUUUAUAUUUUUUACAAAUGUGUACCUGAGCAUUUUGCUUUUAUGUUGUAUUUCUAUUGACCGCUACGUUGCUGUUGUAUAUUGUUUGGAAUCCAGGGGUAUAAGGCGCCAAAAACCAGCGGUGAUAAUCACUUUGGUAAUCUUCAUAGCAGUAGCCAUAGUUCAUUCACCUGUCUUCACAAUGGACGAUGGGGUAAAAGCUAACAAUUCAACUUGUUUUGAAACAUUACCAAUGAACUCACUUAUUGCAGCUUUUAAUUAUGCCAGAUUUGUUAUUGGUUUUUUCAUACCAUUAGUUGUUCUUAUUUUUACUAAUUAUAACAUAUUCAGGAGCACAGCCACAAGCAAUGGCUUGAGUGAUGCACAGAAAAGCAAAGUUAAGUAUCUGGCAGUUGCAGUUAUUUCAAUAUUUUUAAUCUGCUUUGCGCCAUACCAUUUUAUUCUUUUGAUCAGAGCAGUUGUCUUUACUUUAUACCCAAAUGAUACAUGCUGGUUUGAAGAAAAAAUCUAUAAAUCUUCUGUGGUAUUUCUGUCAUUGGCAACUUUUAACAGCAUUGCUGACCCAAUUAUUUAUGUACUGGCAAGUGAUAACAUACGAAAAGAAAUUAUGCAAGACUUGCUGAGCAUCAGAUCGUUGCAGUUUAAAAGUGAAAGCAGUACCACACCAAAAUGUCAGUAUUCUAAAGGGUCUUCAGACUCUCAACAUGUGGAAGAAAAACCGAGUUAAAGAACACCUUCAUAAAGAAAUUACAAAUAUUCUUGAAAUCCUGUCUAUCUUAAAAACGUACAACAUAAAAAUAAUUUAAUGCUAUGUGCAGGUGUUUGAGUUGAAUCAGAAAGAUGUCUUCUGUAUUAUGUAAAAAAAAAUACUGUACUCUAUUAUAGCACUUAAUUUUUGCAGGAAUUAUCAGUAUGCACUGCACAGUUGUCUAGUCAAAAGGCUGAGUCUUGCAGCUUUACAUUUUUGAAUGUGUUAUUGCAGCAUUUAAUAUGUAUUUUGCAACAACAUUCCUUCAAAAUGGUAGAAGAAACAGGUAAACACUGAAUCUCAGUAGCAGUGUAAAUGAGCAUGUUCAUCUUUAUAGCCCAGCUUUUAUAAAUUACCAAACUGAUAUUGCAAAAGAACUGCUGGUUAUAGGUAACUGAAUAUGCAGGAUCCUACCCAGCUGUUUGGUGCAGAACUUAGUCAUUAACUUAAACUCUAGCAGAUAGGGCUGAACUAGUGAGACUAUGUAAUGGAAUACCUGGCUGGAUGGAUGGAUGGAAGAGAGCAGGUAAAUGUUGACUACCCAUCUGCUGGAAGGAAGGCAAUUAUUCACAAUGUACAGUUGCAGGUUUUAUAAAUUGUUUACCAUCCCUAUGGGUGUUGUAAAAUGUCAUGCUAAACUAUAUAAAAUGAAGGAAAACUUAAUUAUGAGAAGUAAUAAAUGGCGAGGUAGAUAACAGUAAAUUUGACAGGAUUUCUUACGAUGGGAGUCAGCUGACUACUCCUUACGUAUAUAGAUUUCCCCUAAAGGGUGGCUGACUGGAUUCCAUAUUGGAACAGAACUUUAUGGUGAAACAAAGUACAUUAUCUGGUUACAUUAGGAAAACUGUACAGAAACAGUGGACAACUUUUUAUUAUUAAUAAACAAGAUGGUAAUGUGUCAGGACCAGAACUGGUUUCCCACCACCACAACCCUGCUUAAUUCUCUGGUUCUUCUCCCUGCCUAUGCUUUCCACACACACCCCCAUCCCCCAGUUAAUCCAGCUAAGCUGCCCCUUACAUCUCUGGGUAUUAUCCUUAUGAUGCAGACUUGUAAUGUCUGGAGAGCGAGAGGUCCCACAGGGAGGCAUGAGACAUGGCCCUGAGAGCCUUCAUUUACUCAGCAUGUUGUCAGCAGUACCUAGCCUUAUGACAGGUCCCAGUACAUUGAUAUUAUGAUGGCUCACUGGUUGUGCAAUGACGACUGCCUUGCAGAAGCUCUUUUACCAGACACUUAGUAGCCAGUAGCCUGCCUCCUAGCCCUCCCACAUGCCUGCAGAUCAUUUCUACAUUCCGAUUUGGCCUCCACUAGGGCACAGUGAUAUCAGAGCUCAUCAUUCUGCUUCCCUUCUAAGACGGGCAUAACCGUACUCAUUCUGUGCACAGUCUGACAACCAAAUCGCUAAUCAAAUCCUGGUCACCUAGGCCAUUCUCAGGGCUUUAUUCCUGUACACCAUCUGUGUAGGCAAAUAUGUCUUUUAGAAUGAACAGAAACUUAGAAGAUCAACUUAUGUAUGAGGAUAUCUGAAGUCAUUAAUAGGAAGAGAGAGAGACAGAAACAUUAAAAGGGAGCACCCAUUGCCAACCUUGCCAUAUUCUUAAAUUUGUUUUAAAGAAAAAUUACAAGUUUUGCAUUUAAUCACUGAAAAUGUAUAUGGAAUGUGUAGUUUAUAUGGCUACAUGUAUAUGUAGAUAGGUCCUAUUACAGUGCAAAAACAAAAGGAAACUUGGGGACCAUGCACAGAAAUAUACAUUGCCCAUCAGAAAUAAAAAUAUGUUCAAUGAUUUGACUAAAUGUUUUGAUGAGCAGUGAAAUAGUGAACAUUAUUUCAACUUCCUGGUUAUUAUCAGUGUUUAUAAAAGUGUACAUGGGGUGUGAUAUUGACACUAGACUGCUUAUGAAAAAAAAAAUCAGAAUUACAGACCAUGCCGGGAUCCCAACUGAUUUCAGGUUUAAAUGAAGAAUUUAGUAUUGGACCAGUAAUUGGCAGAAAUGUUGUUUAGCUAAGUUGUAUUUGUAGAUGUGCAAUGUGACUAUAUAUGUACACACACAUAUACUGGCAGAUAAUGUCCUUUCAUCACUCAUUUCAUAUUGUCUUAAGAUUUAUUGCUCAAGACCAUCAGUGCUUAUGCAUAUUUGCUGAUGUUGUAGUAUUGUCCUCAACUUGUAUUGGUUUGUUUGGAUUCUAAAUAUGUGACCUCAGAAACAAAGAGCAAGACAAUUUUAUGCAGUAUCUUAUUGAUAUGUCUUUCUCUGAGGUCUAGUGACCUCAGAUUGAUAGUAUUAAAGUAAGUAUGAUGUGGUGGUGAGGAGCACUUAACAUAAGUACAUUUUAUCUGUUUUUUUCCUGAGCUGCAUUUGCAUAAAAACUGUUUAAGUUGAUGUACAUAUUUAGAUGUUUUGUGUGUUUGAACUCUAAGUCUUAUGUAAUUGCAGCUGGGCACUUUGAUGAGACACAGUGAACACCUAUGCACUUGUGUGUGCACAUUUUAAUUGUUUUCUGAUUAAUUUUGUCACUGGUUGAAUUCAUUGUAUUAAGCUAGAGUCAACUGAUGGGUUGUCAGCUAUAUCAUAAAAUAUAGCAAUUUUUGGAUCGUCCCAGUUGUGAGACUGUGAAGUUUGUAUAUGUAAGUCAGGGGUGGGUGGGAACAGAGUGCCACAUUAAAUCAGUAGGGAGAUGCAUAAAGGUUACCACAAAGUGUACACUUUGUAUAACCUAUCUGAAUACAAAAAUAGCCCUACCACAAUGAUUUUGCUGUCUAUUCACUCAGAAAGGUUAGUCAAAGUGUAUACAUAGUGUACAAUUUGUGGUAACGUUUAUGAAUCCCCCAUGUAGUUUUGUAUGUGGGGUAGAUUUAAGUAUAUAGGAUAGUGGCAGUCUGUUUUUGUUUUACAGUUGAGUUAGGUUUUAAGUGGUAGGUUUGCAAUGGCAUAAUGUAAAGUAGUUGGUUUACAUGUAAAUUUGUUGUAGUUCAGCAGCUGUAUUCAGUGAUUAAGGUGUGCUGUCCAUGAGAUAAUGUGACACUAUGAAUGUGACCAGUGAUGAUUGGUAAUAUAAUUGUUAUAGCUAGGUUCUUAUACAGGUUUCUCCAUUAUUACCAAAUGUCAUGCUUAUAUACAGGUUGCAGCCAACAGAGAGCUGUGUUGGAAAUUUGCUGUCCCAUAUAUUAUUAUUGGUCAAUCUAAAUUAUCUAACACCUUUUAAAGCCGUUGAUUCAUUAGAGGUGCACUUCAUUGCUAGCCACUGCUUUUGUGACAGUAUGAGGUGUGAUGAAGCUUUUAAAGCUGCUAGAUAUUUUGCAUUUUUAUACUUUUCAUUUUUUUAAUGGUAAUUUAUUUGGGUAGCUAGAUCUCCCCAGUUAUUAUAAAGAUUCAUGAUCAGGACUCCAACUAUAAUAUUGUAUUCUCUAUUGUGUAUUCAGGAAAAUGAUUCCAAGAAAUUCACAUAUACAAUGGAGUCUAUUUCUCAGGUUCAUAAAAUAACUGGUUAUGAUUAGUGACCCACAUACUACUUUGCUUUAUUAAUCUGUCUGAACAGCUGGCCCAGUAGUUUCUAACUGUAGGUUAAAAUUGUUAGUAAAAUUAGAAAGUCAAUAAUGCUUGGAUGAUACUUGCCGUAUAACAGAAAAAGCUGUCGGAAAUUCUUAGUGACAUCUCACUUUUGCAUAGAGAACUGGAAGCUUUCCUGAAGGGGGUACUAGUGUACUUUGGAAUGAAUUGAAAUGACUGUGGUGAGCCAUUGGCCAACUCUUUUGCAAAAUUAAUCUUAGAAGAAAAUGGAUAGUGUAGACAUGCAAACAUUACAUGCUUACAUUGCCCCUGUAUGAUAGUGUUCUGGAAGUAGUAGGCUCUGCUUUGUGAAACACUGAGCAUGACAUCACAAACUGAGGAGGUAAUUUGGACAGGGGCUUGUACCAAUGCCUUACUUUAUGUAAAAGGUACAAACCAAAGGGUGAAAAGGUCACACAGACAAACCAUUCAGUAAAAACUUUAAUAAAGACACAGAAAAACCAAAGUCUUAACUGCAAGGGGUCAUUUGCAUUAUAUCCUAAAAGCCCGCACUGUAGGAGGUUUAAGGUAUUACAUAGUGAAUAUUCCAUCCAGCUUGGCUGGGUCUUUCAUGCAGUUUUUAUAUUACAUGUAAGGCAGAUGAAGGUGCCAAACUGUGCAAUUAAAAUGUCAUUGUGCAAUUAAUUAUAGCAAACUAAAAUGUCUUCUUUUAAGUGUGUAUUGUGUCAUGUAAAAUAUAUGGCAUAGUUUAAUGUUGUUGAAAGUAUUUAUGGAUAUCUAUGAAAGUUCUUCAUUUUCUGUUAUAUUUUAUGUUGUUGAAAGUAUUUAUGGAUAUCUAUGAAUGUUUCUUAUUGUUAUCUAUACGUGUUCCUCACUGAAUAGUCUUUUCUGAGGCAUGGUAUAACAUAACAUAAGUGUCUGUAUUGUGAUUUUUAUGGUGCAGAAUUUUGAUAAUUUGGAGUGAAUUUAGAAAUGCACAGUUGAUGAAAAUAUAGCAUUGUUUAUUGAAAUAGAUACAUUUCCUGACAACAUGGGAAUCGUGUUUGUGUUGUAUAGGCAUGAGUUGUAACACCAGGAAUUAAACUGUCAUAAUUACGUUGUUAUACACCACUCUCCAUGCAUUACAGAUAAUUUUUAUAUGCUUUUCCUAGAAAAAAAAACAUUACAAUAUAACCUAUACAGUUAUGGCUAGUGACUAACAACUGAAGAUGGCAUAUGCCAGUAGCAUAUGUUGAAAUCACUGAUCACUAAGAAAAAGAAAAUAAUUGCUUUGCAAAAUUCUAGUUUAGUUCUAUACACCAUAAACAAUUAUGUAUCUCCACCAUGGUGAGCUGAAUAUUAGUCCCUUUCAAUACCGCGGGUAACUUUAGGUCCUGUCUUAAGAUCACUUGAGGUUACAUGAUGAACAGUUUGAGGGUUAAAGUACCUGUGUAUAGUUUCCUCUAUAUUAUGUAUCUAACAGUUGUGUGUGUAAGUAACAAUGAUAUCACAUCCACAGCUUUAUGUUUGAUACUAGAAGAUCCUGUAGAAACUAGGAAUUGCAAGAAAUUCGACUUUCUGGCAAGAUGUAAAUGUAUAAAAGUUGUAUAUUUCUUUUUACUGAUAUGUGUAUUGUUAUUGGCUUAUAUAUUUAAUGUUCUGUAUAUAUUGCUUGCCUGUACUCUAAAUAUUUAUAUACAUAUUAAAGUGAUAACAUGA